AGUCCUGCCUCUGAAACUUUUGUUAUUUUUUCCCCUCAGCCUACUUCAAUUGUUUCCACAACUUGGUCACAGACUCGGACAAGUUGCCAGAGAUCUACAGGCACGUCCCACAGCCCCGAGCAAGCUCCUCUUCACUAAGUCACACCAGGGGUGGGUGACAGCACCAUGGAGGAUUAACAAGAAAGCUCCGCAAAGGCUGUCUAAAACAAAGAGAAGAUAUUAGGCACUUUGCACUGUUCCUGACCACUGCUCUUCUUUCCUGCACUUCUAAAACGUCUCAUUUGUGCCCUCUGCUUUCUUGUUGCCAUGGAGAAGGUCCAACACAUGACCCGCUCCGCUCUGAGGAGAGCCUCAACUAUUGAGGUCAACCCACAAGCACGCCAAAGGCUCCAAGAGCUCUUUGUGAAUUUCUGCCUGAUUUUAAUUUGCCUCUUGCUGAUCUGUAUCAUUGUGAUGCUUCUCUGAAGUUCCAGCACUUUUCUGCCCUGUCCUCUAGGAAUGUCACCCCAGGAAGAAGAGAGACCUACACGUGCAACUCCCAGUGCAAGGAUCCUCAUGUGACAGGGGCUAGCACUUGGACUAGAGGGUGUGCCAACCAGUGCUGUUAUCUUACUGCCCGCUACAUGUAUUAAAAACACAUUUUCUGUGCAGAACAGUGUUUAGA